AUGACGCCCCUGUGCAAAACAAGCACCCUUGAAUCUUCUGCACUUUCCCUCGAAGAACUGGAAUCUGUCCUGGACAGUUGCACAAUGGAAUUAAAGGAGGUGGAUGAAGUAUGGCCCAGUCUUUAUCUCGGCAACGUCGUGAUCGCCCACGACAAAAAAGAACUGCAGAGGCUGGGCAUCACCCACAUAUUGAAUGCUGCCCACGGAGCUUGGGGGAGCCAAGGGUGCCAAGACUUCUAUGGUCGGGAAAUCCAUUACCACGGAAUCGCGGCAGAAGAUGCCCCUGACUUUGACCUUCGCGUCCACUUCCGCCCUGCUUCGGAGUAUAUCCACAAAGCACUGAGUGCUCCCCAAGGGAAAAUUUUGGUUCACUGCAUUCUUGGUAAAAGCAGAUCAGCCGCUCUGGUGCUAGCUUAUCUCAUGCUGUAUCAGCACUUCUCACUGAAGGAUGCUACGGAAAGGCUUCUCCAACACAGAGCCAUCUGCCCAAACCGUGGGUUCCUGAAACAGCUGCAAGAUCUCGAUCUGGAGUUGCGGUACAAGAUAAGCCUGUGUUGGCUUUUGUAAGAUGA